CACUGUCAUAUCAUGUUUUUGUCGAUGUCAAAAGUAUAAGUUAUUUCUCUUUUCAUUUUUAAGGCGACCCGUGCUGACGGAUUCAGCUCGCCAAAAUGGUGAACAACAGAGUACCAUCGGUAUUCUCCAAAACGUACGUGACGCCCCGGCGUCCGUUCGAGAAGGCGCGUCUCGACCAAGAGUUGAAGAUCAUCGGCGAGUACGGUCUGCGUAACAAGCGUGAAGUAUGGAGGGUGAAGUACACCCUCGCUCGCAUCCGUAAAGCUGCUCGUGAGUUGCUCACACUUGAAGAGAAAGAUCCCAAGAGAUUGUUUGAAGGCAAUGCCCUCCUGCGACGACUGGUCAGAAUCGGUGUGCUGGACGAGAAGCAGAUGAAACUGGAUUACGUGCUGGGUCUGAAAAUUGAAGAUUUCUUGGAGCGUCGUCUGCAGACACAGGUGUUCAAGGCUGGUCUGGCAAAGUCAAUCCAUCACGCUCGCAUCCUUAUCAGGCAGAGGCAUAUCCGUGUCCGCAAGCAAGUGGUAAACAUCCCAUCGUUCAUCGUCCGCCUGGACUCUGGCAAGCAUAUUGACUUCUCACUGAAGUCACCCUUCGGCGGCGGCAGGCCCGGCCGCGUCAAGAGGAAGAACCUGCGCAAGGGACAGGCUGGCGGCGCCACCAACGACGAGGAAGAGGAUUAACUUAACAUCUUAAAAUAAACAAUUUGUUUAUACACAAA